AUGAAUUUAUCAACUAUCAAUGUAACUCAUUCCAUAGAAUCAUUAUCUUCAUCAAGUUCACCGGAACUAUUCAAUACCAGCAGUACAAUGAUCUCGACUAAUCAUCCUACUAUCAAUUCAAAUGUCCUACCGUCUACAAUACAAAUGAAUACUAGCUUAAAUGAGAAUGAAUUUAAAUCAUCCGCCAACACAUCUUCUUCAUCAUCAUCAUCGUCAUCAUCAAUAUUAUCAAAUUCAAUGUCAAAUGGAAUGUUAUCAAUGAAUCAUUUCACUAAUUCACUAUUAUUGCCUACAUUUUCAUCGAAUAUUUUAUUACAUGAAUCAUUGAAUUUAAUUUAUCAUACUUGUUUAAAUAUGUUUGAUAAACGAUUCAAUGAAGCAUUGAAUAUUGUACAUCAAAAAUAUGAAUUAUUACUUAGCGAAUAUAAUGAAACACAAUUUCGUUUAAAUAAAUUAGAACAAAUUUUACAAUUAUUAUUAGAAGAAAAAUAUAAUUUGUUCAAUGUUCCAUUAAUGUUAAAUUAUUUACAUUCAAUGCCAAAUUCUUGGAAAUUACCACAACACCCUGAAUCCAAUGAUUUUCACAAUAAUAAUAAUAAUACUGUUUUUAAAAAUAUCCACUCAAAAUGGUUAGAUCAUUUGAAAGAUUAUGAAAUGGAGGCGAAUUCAUUAAAUGGUACACAUCAGAAUUUCGCAAUGUCCAAUCCAGUGUCAACUACAUCAAAUGACCAUCAUUCACCGCAACAAACUCAUCACAAUUUAGAAAAACCGCCAUCACAAAAAUUGAACAUGACAAAUAAAAGUAAAGAAUUUUCUGUAAAUAAUCUAUCAAGCUCAUCAAUGCAUUCGACGUUAAUCAAUACUGAUCAUGUUAUUCAACAAAACAAUAUGUUCAAUGAAUCAUUUGUCAAUCGAUUACAUCAUCAUUUCAGUGGUAAUCUAGAUCCGGUAUCAUCAUCAUCAUCAUCAUCAGCCUCGUCAGCAUUGACAACACAUAAUCAACAUUUUUUGUGGAAUCAAUGGAUGGCAAAUAUGAUGGCUUCUAAUAAUUGUAUAAAUUCUGCUAAUGGAUUAUUACCGCCCUCAUCAACAUCAUCGUCAUCAACAACAACACAUUUAACAUUGAAUAAUUCAGAAAGAAUUGACAAUUUAACCAAUGCAACUAUGGAAUCUAUGGAAGGAAAUCAAGUAAGUUAUGAGAAAUGA